ACAACAACGUCAACGUCACGGGCGAGUGCUGGAGAGAAGGUUCAGGAUCGGAGUGAGAGGAAGCUCCGGCGGAGGCUAACGGAGGCAGCGAGUGAGGGAGGGAGGGAAGCCGACGAGGCAGAGGAGGAGGCGGAGGAGGAAGGGGUGGCGGCGCUGGCGCUGGUGCUGGUGUGAGGAUAACCGUGUGAGGAGCGAGGCCAAAACAAACAGCCGCCAUCACAGCCAGCCAGAGCGCGGAGUGAAGGGAGCCCCGCAGACUGGCGGAGAGGCAGCUCCGGCUGAGCAGGACAAAGUGGCAGCAGCGUCCGACUGAGGAGUGCCGAGUGGGGCACGCACCGCCAGCCCUCCUCCGCCUUGCUGGCCGAAUGAACACACACACAUAGACAUUUUUUUCUCCUCUUUGCACCCCCAUCGAGAGGAAUUUCGUGCCUCGAUUACACCUGAGAGAGUUUGGUUGUUUCCUCUGUGUUGUGCUCUCGGGGGUUUGGAGGAAGACAGGCCCGGGGAAGGAUUUAAAAGCCAACUCGCCUGCCGUCACCCCCUCAACAGCACGGACAUGUCAUCCCCAAGUCCUGGGAAGAGACGAAUGGACACCGAUGUGGUCAAACUUAUUGAAAGCAAGCAUGAAGUUACCAUACUCGGUGGGCUGAAUGAAUUUGUAGUCAAGUUUUAUGGACCACAAGGAACUCCCUAUGAAGGUGGUGUAUGGAAAGUUAGAGUGGACCUACCAGACAAAUAUCCUUUCAAAUCUCCUUCCAUAGGGUUCAUGAAUAAAAUUUUCCAUCCAAACAUCGAUGAAGCGUCAGGAACCGUAUGCCUAGAUGUAAUUAACCAGACAUGGACAGCCCUUUAUGAUCUCACCAAUAUAUUUGAGUCGUUCCUCCCCCAGCUUCUGGCCUACCCAAAUCCUAUUGACCCUCUAAAUGGUGAUGCUGCAGCUAUGUACCUCCAUCGACCAGAAGAGUAUAAACAGAAAAUAAAAGAAUACAUCCAGAAAUACGCAACAGAGGAGGCACUAAAGGAACAAGAGGAAGGAGCUGGUGAAAGUUCAUCAGAGAGUUCCAUGUCUGACUUCUCCGAAGAUGAAGCCCAGGAUAUGGAAUUGUAGUAGUGUCACCAACCUCUUUCAAAGAGACAGACUAUAUAAUUUCCUAACCAUUGAAAAGCAGACUAUAAUAUUCAUAUUUAAAAACAAAAGAGCAAUUUUUUUUUAUUACUAAAACCAGGUUUUUAUGGAUAGCAUUGGUAUAUUAUUGCCCUGGAUUUUUUUUUCUCUCCUUGGUCAUUGCUCCAACUUGAGGUGCAUCUUACCCCACAUUCCAAUGGUAGCUAUGUGAGGCCCAAAUGCAUGUUAUCACAUAACCUUGGUAUUCCUAACUCAUAAGUAUUUUGGCCCCCAAAUGGAAAAGAGCAAGAAAAAAAGAGCGGCGGAUUGGUGAGAUCAGGAUAUCAAGCAAGCAAGAACAACUGCUUACCCUGUCCAUAUCUUGACCAGAAAAGCAGCACUAGAGAGAACAAAGUUUCAGUAAAAUCGAAGCACAAUGGAAGGUUUACUAGGCAGAAGAAAAACUAAUUUUAUUUGCUCUGCAUGUUUUUUGUUUCUAUUUUUCCUCGUGAAUAAAAUUGGACGUACAGAUUACAACAUCCUUUUUUUAUUGUGGCAUGAUAUGGAAGAAUACAACUUGUUUAGGACUUUGGUUCGUCAAGCAGAUUUAAUUAUAAAACAAAACCUAGUGUUUGUGGCUUAACCUGAAGGAUAGUAUUAAGUAAUUACUAGGUAGUGGUGAACUUGAUUACUCUAAUUAGCACGUUGUAUUAUUAUUGGGGGAAUACUUGCCAGCACCCUAUCUUGCGAUAUAGAUUUUUUUUAAAUGCCUAUUGCUAUGUGCUGACUUAUACCUGUUUGACUUAUUUAGGGUUAGUUAGUAUGCUCGCUGGUGAUUUCAAAAUAAAAAAAAUGUAUAUUUUCAUUGUUACAAUGGUUGAUUUGGAAUUGAUUGUAAUGGUUUUUACCCUGGUAUAGAAUUUUGUACCAUUUGUGGUAAGUACUAUAUAUACGACAUGAGAAGAUUUGAAUCCUUCUCCUUCAUGAUCUACACUCACUUCCAGCCACUUCACCAUCCCACAUCACUUAGUCUUUGUAAUGUGGUUGGAAUAUAGGGAAAUCAAGGUAAAAUGCCUUUGUACCCACCAUUUCUAAAGAGUGCUCCCAAGUGUGGACACAUUGAGCUUGGGAAGAGCCAUUUCACCCAAUUUGCCUGGGCCAGAUCUUUGGAACUAUCCAUCUACCUCUACUGUUUCCUCAUAGCCUGCUGUCUUACCCUGAUAUUUUUGUUUCCAUGAAGUAAACACAGUAUAUUAAAUUUUUGAGUUGAUUUAUAAUCAAAUUAAGAGAUCACAUCAUUGGGAAGUUGCACCAUUACAUCCUUUUACCUCCUACAAAUCAGUAUCUCUUGAUUGAGACUAAAAACAUUGUGCAGUAGAUUCAUACAACUGGGAUUUCAAUCAAAACUGCUUCAAUUUAUUUGGAGCACAAGCCUGAGGUGACAUUGACACUGUUAAGCUGAGAUGGAUUUAAGUUCGAAUGAAAGGUUUGUAUCUUGUCUAGUACACUUCACAAUUUCCCAGAUCAUCACUUAACACAUCACAUUCAAUUGUUUGUUUUCUUACCAAGUAACAAUGAGUUCAAACCCAAUUUCUAAGGCAAGUCUUUACAAGGAUCAAUAGUUAAAGGAAAACUGUUUGCAUGUCACAUUUUCUGUUUUUAAAGUCAUUUAGAAUUCUAUAAAAUGCAGAAAUGAAUCCUGUGGUGCAGGGGAACCUAACAUCUUCAAGUGGCAAUCUCAGAUAUUUGUGCAGAGUUCUGGAGUUGGCAAUGGCAUUGUAUACAUUACCACUGACUGUAAGACAUGAGGUUCAGACUGUUAAUAGGACUUCCAUGUUCUAAACACACAUUGUGGGUGGGUUUUUCUUCUUCAGGUGAAAGUGUAUGUUUCUCUAGUUUGUACAGAUCCUGCAUUAGGUAUUUCUGUUGUGAUGGGCUGGUGUCUGGUGCUUACUUUUUUGGGUGGUACUUGGGUCACAGACCAGCUGCAUCACUUCAUUUCUGAAUUGGUUGCUGUGAUAUGUUGAACUUAUGAAUUAAGAAUGAGAAAUGUAGCAGAUCUGUGCAAUCUCUGCACUGACUUGCAGCUCUUAUUUCUUGGCUGGGUGAAAUGGACUGGGAUCAUGACAUGGCUGACCAGAUGAAUCUGGCUACUGCAGAAAGUAAUUUGAACUUUUCAUACUUCAGCUUGUGCAGUCAACGGAGUGCUCGUCCAUUUUGUUUUAAAUUAGUUAUCUUGCUUUGUAAUGGAAUGUGCAGCACCCUUACUGUCUAGACGUUGGUGCAAUAUCAGCAUGUUUCAGAUUGGCAUAAAGUUCAUCUCCAGUUUCACUGCUGAAGUCCCUGAGUCUCUAGUUGUUCAGGAGGCUAUAAAGGAUACAACUUGAAGGAUGAAAUUCAUGCAUUACUCUGCUAACAUUCCUCAAUCUGCAACAAAAACAAAAUGGCUUUUGAUUGCUAAUUUUGGAUUAUUAUUAAAUGAACAUUGGAUGCUGCAUUUUCCGAGAUAGCUGAUGAACAGUAGUUAUUCAUGAUUUGUAAAGCACUUUGAGAACUGUGACCAAUGCUGUAUUGCAGAGCUGAUUAGCUGAAAGGCAUUGUGUGCAGGCAGUGAUUGACUGAUUGGUAUGUGUGUGAAACUGAUUUGGGUGAAAAAGUUAUCUAAAUGAAACAUUGAUCCUACCUUCCCCUUUCUGCAGAUGCUGCCUAAUCCACGGAGUGUCUCCAACACCAUUUUUAUUUCAGAAAUGUUUUAACACUGCCCUGGUGUGAAAUACUGGAGAUCAAAUGCCUGCUUAAUUAGUAUAUUAGAACAAAAGACCUUG